AUGACUGAGUACAAAUUGGUCUGUGUUGGAGGUGGAGGUGUUGGUAAAUCAGCACUUACGAUUCAAUUGAUUCAAAAUCAUUUCAUUGAUGAAUAUGAUCCAACCAUUGAAGAUAGCUAUAGAAAACAAGUGACAAUCGAUGAUGAAACCUGUCUAUUAGAUAUCUUGGAUACUGCGGGUCAAGAGGAAUAUUCAGCAAUGCGUGAUCAAUACAUGAGAACCGGUCAAGGUUUUCUAUGUGUCUACUCGAUCAUCUCUAGAUCGUCAUUUGACGAAAUCGCUGCAUUCCGUGAACAGAUUCUAAGAGUUAAAGAUAAAGAUAGAGUACCAAUGAUUUUAGUUGGAAAUAAAUGUGAUUUAGAUAAUGAAAGACAAGUAUCGACUACCGAAGGUCAAGAAAUGGCUAAAUCCUACUCUUGUCCUUUCAUGGAAACUUCAGCAAAGAGCAGAGUGAACGUCGAAGAAGCAUUCUAUGAAUUGGUCAGAGAGAUUAGAAAGGAUUUGAAAGGUGACAAUAAAUUGGAUAAAUCCAAGAAAAAGAAGAAGAAUUGUAAUUUACUUUAG